AUGAAUGGUGUAGAAAUGUCAAAUGACUCAGUCAUUUGGGAUAUCCACAGUGGUAGAAAAAAUCUUACUUCGAUUAAGUCAAUUGAAUUAAAAUCUUCGAUUUUUCAUAUACAUAAAAAUCAACUUGAAGACAAACAUGAUAUAAUUGAUAAAGUAUCUACUAUUAAAGAUAAAACAGACACUUUAUUUAUUUGUAAAGAGGAAAAAAAUAGUUUCCCCGAGGGAGGUCUACGAGGCUGGUUAGCUGUCUUUGCAUCUUUCAUAGGAAUGGUAGCCUCUUAUGGCACCAUGUAUGCACCGGGUGUGAUUGAAAAUUAUAUUAAAGAAAAUCAAUUGAAUGAUACUAGCUCUUUCGAGAUAGGUUGGAUAUUCUCGUUAUAUAUUUUUAUCUGUUUCAUUACAUUCAUCCUUGGUGGCACAUUAUUUGAUAAUUUUGGAUUCAAAAAACCUAUUUUAAUUGGUACCAUCAUUCAUGUGGGAAGUCUUUUUUCAUUGGCAAAUUGUAGAGAACUUUGGCAAUUUAUAUUAGGCUAUUCAAUACUAGGCGGGUUUGGUAAUGGUAUUUUAAUACCUUGUUUGAUUAGUAUUCCAAGUCAAUACUUCAAUCGGAAAAGAGCUUUAGCCAUUUCUAUAGCAAGUAUUGGAGGAUCUAUUGGUGGUAUUAUUAUUCCGAUAUUGUUAAGGAAAUUUUUCUCUAUGCACAGAUUAAAUCAAUUGGAUUAUGGGUUUAUAUGGGGUAUUCGGACAUGGGCCUUUUUAGAUUUGGUAUUAUUGUUAUUAGCUUUAAUGUCAGGGCAAAGUAGAAUCAUAAAGGAAAAUGUAAAGGAUUCAAAUAUUCCGAGUUGGAAAUAUUAUUGUAAAAUACUACUGAUUGAUGGUUUUGAUUAUAAGGGAUUAAAGGAUGUAAGAUACGUAUUUUGUGUAAUUGCAACCAUCUUUACAGAAGUCUCUUUAAAGGCAGCUGUCACGUAUCUAGGUUCCUAUUGUACAAGUAAGGAUAUCUCGAAUUCAAAUGCUUAUCUAAUAAUUACAAUUGUUAGUAUUACUGGUAUUCCAGGAAGAUAUAUCACAGGUUAUUUGGCAGAUAAAUUUGGUAGAUAUAAUAUCACCAUCCUUUAUACUUUGUUUUUAACUUUAUUGAUGUUAGUAGAUUGGUUCCCUUUUGGUACAAAUUUGACUAAUUUAUACGUCAUCAUUUCGAUAUAUGGAUUUUUGUCUUCAGGUGCAUACACAAUGUUACCAGUUUGUUGUGGUCAAGUGACAACUACAGAUAAAUUUGCCGUCCGUUAUUCAACAAUGUAUUUUAUUAUUGGAUUUGUUCAGUUAGGAACUAUUCCAGGAACUGGUGCAAUUAUCGGUUGGGGUGAAAAGACUCAUUAUCAAUAUUAUGUAUUAUUUUGUGGAUUAUGUUCCUUUUUAAGUUUAGUUUUCUUCAUUAUUGCAAGAUAUUGUUCAGUGAAAUUUAAAUUAGUAAAAUUUUAG